AAAGUUUGUUUGAACCCGCCAAAGUCCAACUAAUGAAAAAGAAUUUUAUCUGUUAGUAUUAAUUAGCAUCUUUCGACUUCACUCCCCAUGGUCUGCAGCCAUGGCGUUCGUAGGAGUGCUGGCCUCAUCUUCUUCUUCACCCAUUAUUCAUUCUGACUCAUUCUCUUCACCUUCCUCUUCCAAGCUACAGAAGCCCAAUUCUUUCUCUUGCUCUUCGAAUCCCACUGCUUCUUCUACUACUUCUACUUCCACCUCUACUUCUCAGCAACCAAACGACAGUGACAGUAUCAAUACCAAAGCCCGAAGCUUCACAUAUAGUCGAGCUUCACCAUCCGUCAGAUGGCCUCACCUCAAACUCGCCGACACCCAUGUCGCCGUUGCUUCUCCUCCGAUCCAUGCUGUAAACGACGUCGUUUUGCCGAAAAAAUCUCAUGAUUUCAAGAGAUACAUAGAGCCUGUGCACGUGAACGAUGAAACCCAACAAGGCUUGGGGAGGCCUAGCAAGAACACAGCUAAGAAAAUGAACAAAUUGGCUCUCAAGAGAGCCAAGGAUUGGAGGGAAAGAGUGAAGUAUUUGAGUGAUAGGAUAUUGGAGUUGAAAUCCGAUGAGUUCGUGGCCGAUGUGUUGGACGAGCGGAAGGUUCAAAUGACCCCUACUGAUUUUUGCUUUGUGGUGAAAUGGGUUGGUCAGUCGAGCUGGCAAAGGGCUAUGGAGGUGUACGAAUGGCUAAAUAUGCGACAAUGGUUCUCCCCAAAUGCUCGGAUGCUUGCCACUGUUUUGUCAGUUCUUGGAAAAGCCAACCAGGAAGCUUUAGCCGUGGAGAUUUUUGAACGUGCGGAGCCUUCUAUAGGUAAUACCGUUCAAGUUUACAAUGCCAUGAUGGGUGUUUAUGCUCGAAACGGUCGAUUUGAUAAGGUCCACCAACUGAUUGAUGUAAUGCGUGAGAGAGGGUCUGAGCCGGACCUUGUGAGUUUCAAUACACUGAUUAAUGCCCGUUUGAAGUCUGCUGCUUUGGUGCCUAAUUUGGCUGUUGAACUUUUAGAUGAGGUUAGAAGAUCAGGCCUUAGACCGGAUAUUAUAACUUAUAAUACUCUUCUUAGUGGGUGUUCACGGGAAUCAAAUUUGGAGGAAGCUAUGAAGGUUUAUAAUGAUAUGGUAGAGCAUGGUUGUCAACCUGAUCUUUGGACUUAUAAUGCCAUGAUUUCAGUGUACGGGAGAUGUGGACUUCCAAGCAAAGCUGAUAAGCUCUUUAAAGAGUUGGAGUCUAAGGGGUUUCUUCCUGAUGCUGUGACAUAUAAUUCUUUGUUGUAUGCUUUUGCUAGAGAAGGGAACAUAGAGAGAGUAAAGGAGAUAGGUGAAGAAAUGGUUCAAAAGGGUUUUGGUAAAGAUGAAAUGACCUACAACACAAUAAUCCACAUGCAUGGGAAGCAAGGGAAACAUGAUUUAGCAUUUCAACUUUACAGGGACAUGAAAAAUACAAUAGGCCGGGAUCCUGAUGCCAUUACUUUCACUGUUUUAAUUGAUUCUCUUGGGAAAGCAAACAAGAUGACUGAGGCGGCGAAUGUGAUGUCUGAGAUGUUGGAUGCAGGAGUGAAACCCACUUUGCGAACCUACAGUGCUUUGAUUUGUGGAUAUGCAAAAGCUGGAAUGCAAGUGGAGGCUCUAGAAACAUAUGAUCAAAUGGUUAGGUCUGGCAUUAGACCUGAUAAUCUAGCAUACUCUGUUAUGUUGGAUAUCUUUCUGAGGUCGAAUGACACGAAAAAGGCAAUGGCAUUGUAUCGAGAAAUGGUUCGUGAUGGUUUCAUGCCUGAUAAUGGCCUUUAUGAAGUCAUGAUUCGAGUGUUUGUGCGGGAAAAUAAAUUAGAGGCUGUCGAGAAAGUCAUCAGAGAUAUGGAAUUAGUUUUUGGCAUGAAUCCACAAAUCAUUUCUUCAAUUCUUGUCAAGGGGGAGUGCUUUGACCAUGCUGCUAAAAUGUUGAGAUUGGCCAUAACCAGUGGAUAUGAAUUAGACCGUGAAAAUAUGUUAUCUAUUCUUAGCUCAUAUAGUUCAUCUGGGAGGCACUCAGAAGCACGUGAGUUGCUUGAAUUCUUGAGAGAACAAGCUCCUGCCUCAAAACAACUAAUAACUGAAGCAUUGGUUGUCAUACUUUGCAAGGCUCACCAAUUUGAUUCUGCUUUUGAGGAAUACAGUAAUACAAAGGGAUUCCAUUCUUUUAGUAGAAGUUCUACUAUGUAUGAAUCCUUGAUUCAAGGCUGUAAAGAAAAUGAGCUAUUUGGCAAUGCCUCACAGGUUUUCUCUGACAUGAGAUUCUUUGGUGUUGAACCUUCUGGAUCUCUUUACCAGACUAUGGCUCUUGUAUACUGCAUUAUUGGUUUCCCUGAGACAGCUCAUUCUUUAAUGGAUCAAGCAGAAGCAAAAGGUUUUGCAUCUGGCAAUCUCUUUGUUUAUGUUAGUAUUAUUGAAGCAUAUGGAAAACUAAAGCUAUGGCAGAAAGCAGAGAGUUUGGUGGGACAUCUUAGACAGAAAGAUUCAGAGGUGGACAGGAAGAUAUGGAAUGCUUUGAUACAAGCUUAUGCUGAAAGCGGCUGCUAUGAGCGAGCCAGAGCAAUUUUUAAUACAAUGAUGAGGGAUGGUCCUACGCCAACUGUAGAUUCCAUGAAUGGUUUAUUGCAAGCUUUAAUUGUUGAUGGGAGAUUGGAGGAACUUUAUGUAGUAAUCCAGGAGCUGCAAGAUAUGGGUUUCAAAAUAAGCAAAAGUUCAAUCCUAUUGAUGCUUGAUGCAUUUGCUAGAGCUGGUAAUGUCUUUGAAGUAAUGAAAAUAUACGAUGGAAUGAAAGCUGCAGGUUAUUUUCCUAAUAUGAAUCUGUACAGGAUUAUGAUCAAGUUGAUGUGCAAGGUAAAACGAGUAAGGGAUGUUGAGGCCAUGAUACUUGAGAUGGAGGAGGCAGGGUUUAAACCUGAUAUCUUGAUAUGGAAUUCCUUGUUAAAGUUGUACUCAUCUAUUGAAGACUUCAGAAAAACAGUGGAAGUAUAUCAACAUAUUAAAGAAGCUGGUCUCAACCCAGAUGAGUAUACCUACAAUAUUUUAAUCAUUAUGUACUGCAGAGAUAGUAGACCAGAAGAAGGUUUAUCUCUUAUGCGUGAAAUGAAAAGCCAGAGAUUGGAACCUAGAUUAAAUGCCUACAAAAGUUUGAUUUCAGCAUUUAGUAAGCAACAACUCUUUGACCAAGCUGAGGAACUUUUCGAAGAGUUGAGGUCAAAUGGGCGUAAGUUGGAUCGUUCAUUUUAUCAUACAAUGAUAAAGGUAUUUAGGAAUUCCAAAAAUCCCGCCAAAGCAGAAAUGCUAGUGGACAUGAUGAAAGAGGCUGGUAUUGAACCCAAUUCAGCCACAAUGCACUUGCUUAUGGUUUCUUAUGGUGGCUCUGGACAGCCUCAGGAAGCUGAGAAAGUGUUUGACAAUUUGAAAGUUACUGGUUUAAAUGUUGAUACACUACCAUAUAGUUCUGUUAUUGAUGCUUAUCUUAAGAAUGGAGAUUAUAAUAUUGGAAUUCAAAAGCUCAAAGAGAUGGAAAAAGAGGGUUUGACGCCAGACCAUAGAAUAUGGACUUGCUUUAUCAGAGCUGCUAGUUUGUCCCAGCACACAAGUGAAGCUAUUAUUCUCUUGAAUGCACUAAACGAUACUGGAUUUGGUCUUCCAAAAAGGAUUUUGACAGAAAAAUCAGGAUCACUAAUUUCAGAGGUGGACCAUUGCCUAGAGAUGCUAGGACCCCUAGAAGAUGAUGCGGCUUUUAACUUUGUCAAUGCUUUGGAGGAUCUUUUAUGGGCAUUUGAACUCCGGGCAACUGCUUCAUGGGUUUUCCAACUGGCAAUCGUGAGAGACAUCUAUAGGCAUGAUCUUUUCAGGGUUGCGGACAAGGAUUGGGGUGCUGAUUUUAGAAAACUGUCUGCUGGUGCUGCUCUUGUUGGUCUUACAUUAUGGCUUGAUCAUAUGCAGGAUGCAUCACUGCAGGGAUGUCCUGAAUCGCCAAAAUCAGUUGUUUUGAUAACAGGAACAUCAGAGUACAACUCUGUUUCUCUUAAUAGCACAUUAACGGCGUGCCUGUGGGAGAUGGGAUCCCCUUUUCUUCCUUGUAGAACAAGAACUGGCCUCCUUGUAGCCAAGGCUCACUCCCUUAGGAUGUGGCUUAAAGACUCGCCAUUCUGUCUGGACCUCGAGUUAAAGGAUGUUCCAUCUCUCCCCGAAUCUAACUCAAUGCAGCUAAUCGACGGAUGUUUUAUGAGGCGCGGUCUGGUUCCUGCAUACAAGGAGAUAAGCGAGAGGCUCGGAUUAGUGAGGCCGAAGAAGUUUUCCCGGCUGGCUAUGCUAUCCGAUGAAAAAAGAGCGAAAGUUAUUGAAGCUGAUAUUGAGGGAAGGAGACAGAAGUUGGAAAAAAUGAAGAAAAAUAAUGAUCCUACGAAAAUCAAGAAACUUGACCAAGGGAAAUAUGUACGGAGAUCCAUGUUAAAUGAUGAAGAGAUUGGCCUAAAUCAAAAAGCUUUGAAGUAAAUUGCCAAAUGAUGUAUUCCUUCCAUUAAAAUUUAGAAUCUGGCAACUUGUGUGAAUAACUUGUAAAUAUAGUCAAAGUACAAUAAUGCAAAUCGCUUUCAUACCCAGUUAUUUUAAUCUGAAUCACUCCCCAUAAUUUAUUGUA